AUAAGUACAGUCGGUUAAUUGUUCACGCUUUUGGAUUUACUGCCGACACCUUAUAGGUUAAGACAAAUACAGCAAGUCUAAAUUACGAAACUUCUGAGAGAAAGAGCUUUUAACGGCAUUGUCUGCAGGCAAGAUGGAGGUUGCGCAGUGAGCUUGGCGGCCAUAUUGUCUCGAUCAAUACUGUCUCAUUAUGGUUCUUGUUAUUAUUGACGAACGGGCUUUUAGGAAAUUGGGUCAUAUUUUCAACAAGAAUAUACUCUCUAGGCUGAGAUAACCUAACAGGCAAGUGGUUUGUUUAAUACCCGCCAUGCACGUGAUUCAGAUGAACUCGUAAAGGAAACAUUUUCAUUCCUCCUCUUGUGUUUGCGAUUGCUGGCUGCAGCGUGAAAAUGGAUUGAUCCGACCCGCUUCGCUGAAUGAUUGUCAUGGAUAGCCGAGAGACGGAGAAUCGGGACUAGAAACGCUUCAUCGUGGUUACCAUGAAUGACACUCGCUCCAGCUCCAGUUCUAUCUCGAAACGAGCGUGGAAAAAUCACCUUAGCAGACUGGUGAAAACGAAACGAAACGAACACGAAAGCAUUGGUUGUAGCGACAUACCACACACACUACUGGUUCACUAAGUCAAUGUGCCGCCUACAGCAAGGUGUCGAACCGCCGCGACCACCGCCUGUAAAUGAUGGAUUUUAUUCACAAGUUUGACAUCGAGCUGGAGAAAGAUCUCUGUUAUGCCGGAGAAAACCUCAGUGGCAACGUCAUUGUUCAGAAUUCAGAAAACAUUAGAGUGCAAGGGAUUCGACUGCACGUCAGAGGAAAGGCUCAUGCUGAAUGGAAAAUAACAAGGGCUGGAGAGAGAAGAACGGUGAAGCAGGAGGAAACUUACAUUGACGAGAGAAAAACCAUUUGGGGCAAAGAGAAAUGUGACACUAGUGGAACCAUACCGAUAUUGCCCCGCGGAAACCACAAGUACCCGUUCCAGUUCAAACUUCCCGAGAGUAAUCUUCCCUGUUCGUUUGAGAGUAAGAUCGGGACAAUUCGCUACUACAUACGAGUAACCAUCGACAUUCCAUAUGCAUCAUGUCCACAGGGAAUCAAAUACUUCACGAUAAUCGGCCCGCAUAUAGACUGCAUGGAUGAUAGAUACUUGACUCCCGUAACGGCCGAGAAGAAGAGAAACCGGUGUUGUCUUUGUUUUGGCACAGGCCCGCUGGCUCUAAAAGGCACGCUAGAAAGAUCGGCCUACUGUUCCGGUGAAAGUGUAAAGUUGAAGGUGGAAGUUAAUAAUGGCACCAACGAGGAAGUGUGGGUUGUCUGUAAAAUGAUUCAGUAUGUUGAAUACUUCAUAAACCGAGGUGUCCUGGGCCUGUCUAAGGAAUUACGACAUACCGUAAUGCAGAUCGAGACUCCCCAGAUAGAGCCGAAUACAACGAUGACCUUUGAUGACCUCCAGGACCAGAUGCAGGUUCCGGUCAUGCCGCCCAGUCUGGUGGAAGUGUGUGGUUUGGUUCAAAUCUAUUACGCUCUUAGGGUGUCCCUGGAAUCCGAAAAUUCAGGUGAAACAUUAGAAAUUGAGAUGCCAGUAACAAUAGCAACGGUUCCGUUUCGGAUACCAAGUAAUUCAAUUCCUGCUAUCCAGUAUGACGUGGCUGCUGACUAUGUAGAGGGCGGGAUGUACACCAGCUCAGAGUUCCAGCUGGGCCAGGUGUACAUGGGGGACGACCAGGACCCCGAGACGGACAAGGAGAUCCUCUACAAGCCGGUCUACAUCUGUGUUCCUCAGGAGAUCCACACUCCAGCGCACAAGAGUGAAACGGGCAGUAAAAGUGACCUUUCCAGAACUUCCCAAGAGAAAAUGUUUCUUUCGCCCAGCAAAGAAAAUCUCUAUGUCAGUGAAGCCGAGAGCAUCCGCCUGGGGAGUAUCUACGAAUUCAGACCGCACCAAGUGGAUGCCGACGGGAAUCCAAGAGCUGUUUCUGAAACCAGUGGCUGGCACCAGGAUGGUACUUCGUUGUGCAGUGGCGUCUUGUCAUCGAAUGGUGCAGAUCAGCCUGGUGAGUCCCAGGAGUCCCAGUCGAUCCGAGAGGAACAGAUACGCGAAAAGGACGUCGUGUUAACAAAGAGCAGUGACGUUGAAGAUAUUCCCAAACAGGAAAGUAUCAGUAAAAGCGAGUCGGUAUCUCAGAGCCAAGUGAGCAAGGAGACGUGUAAGAUAAGCGUCUCGAGUAAGGAAAGCAAAGAUUCUGCUGUGUGCGUCCAGAGCGAGAUAUCUCAGUCCACCAGCGAGCUGAGGAAAGAGACGAAGGAGACAGUAAAAACAAUUGUUUCCAGUAAUAAAGUAGAAGACUCUGAUUCAGCAAUAUGUGUCCAGACUCAUAGUACACAUUCUGUGAGAAUACUUGUGGAACAGGAGUCCAAGGAACUGAAGACCUCAAAAGUUACAAAUCACGAACAUGUCGCAGUGAGUCCAGAGAGUUCCGCUUGCACGCAGGAUGAUGCCAGGUCAUUGCCAGUACGAAAGACAGCCUCUACUGAGUUAGUUGCGAAUUCAGCAGACUUUGUGGUGCCUAGCAACACCGAGCCUGCUGCGAAGGUAACUGGUGUAGAGACUGUGAACACCUCUGUUGUUUCUUCUGGACCUGGUGCGCUAGUGGUCGAGAAGGAAAUAACAGAACGACUUACUAGUGUGUAGUCAGAUCUGUGCGCGCCAUACUCACAUCUGCAGAAGAUGCUUUCUCAAACAACCACACGUCACGCAUGAUAAUCUCUGCUUGAGGGCAGCAGCUCAUGUUUAUUCAUAUUUAAUAUCGU